UUUAUUCAGGAUGGGAUGCAGCUCAGUUGGCUGGAUGGCUGGUUUGUAACAACAGUGUGGGUCCGAUUCCUGCACUGGCCGAGGUUAAAAUUCCCAGUUGCAGAGAAACCUCUGAUGAAUGUGAAGCUAGGGGAACUGUCCCGAUGGAUCACUGGACGAGAUUUCACACCCAAUGGCGUUAUUGGGGCUUUGCGUAGAGGCCACGACCGAUACUACAAUAAGUACAUUAAUGUGAAGCGAGGUGGCAUUGGGGGAAUUGCCAUGUUGCUGACUGGUUAUGUUCUGCUCAGUUACAUCUGGGAGUACGAUCACCUCAAGCACGAGCGAUGGAGGAAGUACCAUUGAACUGCUGCUAUGUUCCACUCGCUAUAUUUAUGGAAUUAGAGACGAGUGUUCAAGUUAGAAUCAUGAAAAAUAAAAUCAGAACCAGUUUCAGUGCUGAA